CCCACCACAAGUACAAGAGGAGCUUGGAUCGCAGCAGAGGAACGGAGAUUGAAGGAGGGAACACACACAAUUCAAGCAAAUUCGCAAUAAAUGAUGGCCAAACACGUUGUCUUUGACAUCGUCGGAACUCUAGUCUGCUUCGACGCUUUCCACAGACGCAUCGACGAGGUCAUCGGCUCGAAACUCUGCGAACAUGGACUGAAUGGAACAUCUUUUGGCCACUCUUGGAUGACGCAUGCCGAGCUAGACUUCACAUUUCUGUCAAUCAGUGGCAGACACAAGUCCUACAAAGAUGUCAUGGAAGCUGUAUUUUAUCGCACGCUCUGGUUGUCUGGCGUCAAAGAUCCAGAGACGCUUUGCACAGACGAGGAACGAGAAAAGUGCCAGGAAGGAUACUCUUUACUGGAACUUCGAGAAGGCGCCAAAGAAUGUAUCGAGCUUUUGAGGGGCCAUGGCUUCGAUGUCUGGUGCUUGACCACUGCAGACAUCAAUCGAGUGCAGGGCUACUUCAACCGUGGGGGUGUGGAGAUGCCAGCUGAGAGAUUCGUGAGCUGUGACACGCAAGGCGUUGCGAAGCCGGCUCUCGCUGCUUAUCGACCGGUGUUCAAGAAGUUUGGCAAGGAGGAUCAAAAGUGGUUCGCAGCAGCUCACAUGUGGGAUGUAUCCGCAGCAGCAUUGGUAGGCUUCAAGGGUGCUUACUGUUCGGCUUAUGAGAAAUACGAUUGUUCAGAGGUGUUUGGGACUAUGGAUGUCAUGGCCGACACCUUGCCAAGUAUGGCGAAGAAGAUCAUCGAGAUGUCUUCCUAACAAUGGAGUCGUUCAGUAGAUUUGC